AUGUCGUCCGCCGAGCUCGCCGCGCUGCGCGAAGCGUACGCCGACGCGGAGGAGUGGAUGCUCGAGGGCGUGUGCGCGUCGCUCGACGGCUUGCGGGGCGAUCGCGCGGGCGUGCGCGAGACGCUCGGGUCGUUUUUGGGCGAGCUCGACGGCGAAACCAUGGAGACGCUCGCGGACGCGUGGGCGCCGCGCGCGCCCGAGGGCGCGGCGGGGGGGCGCGCGCGCGAGCCGGCGUUCGCGAGCGGGUCGACGCGCGACGACGACGCGCGAGCGGGCGAUGGGGCGACGGUGGGGACGACGACGACGACGACGGCGGCGGCGAGUCGAGACGGCGCCGGCGCGAACGCGAAAGCGGGCAAGUCGUCGCGCGAGCGCGCGCACGCUCGGGAAUCGAAGGCGCUGCGAUUCGUCGAAAAGCCUUUGAAAGCGCGGCGCGGGCCGUCGCGAGGUGAGCGCGCGAUUCGACCGGGGGACGAGCUCGCGCCCGGGGACUUGGCCAAGUCGUGCGUAAACUGUCUGGCGUGCGGGAAAAUUUUUGAUUUACGCGCGAAAGACGGCGUACUUUCGCAAACGGCGCUCGCAUUUUUAGAGGGUAGCGCGCGGUGUACGUUUUGUGGGGCGUACGUGGAAGUGAUGCUCGCGGACGGCGUGACGCGAUUUCGCGGCGGGGACGCGGGAGACGGCGGCGCGAAGCCGACAGCUGAGGCGGCGGCGCGAGACGUGUUCGAAGAGCUGAGCAAAAUUUCUUUGGGAACAGUCACGAGUGACGCUCGGGCGGAUGGUGAUGCGGCCACCGCCGCGGCGGUUGCGGCGAAAGAUCGUUUGGUACAUUUCGACCAAACGAGCGCCAAGCGCACGACGGUGAUCGACGACCAGUCCGAGUGGUACGAAAUCGACGGUAACGCCUGGCUCGAUGAGACCGAACGCGAAGAGCUAAAGAGGCAGGCGAAGGAAAUGGCUGAGGCUGAGGAGGAAGCUAAGCGUAAGGCACGAACGACGUGGACACUCGACCUCGUCGGUCGUAAAGUCGUCGCCCCGGCCGCGGAGGACGACGCCGAAUCGACGGCGACGAGCGACGAUCGCGCUUCAGACUCCGCGCUCGCCGCCGCGAAAGCCAUCCGCGCCGCGCUGGCGACAAACGAAGAGUACGCUCAGGGCGGUGGUGGCGCCGCCGCAUCAGCUGCCGAGACUGCUCGCGAGCUCGAGCGUCGCGUCUUCGUUGAUCCUAGAGUUUCGGCGCGACCGUCGUUCCUCGCCGCGGCGUCCCCGGCGCCGGUGUCUGGCGGGCAGAACAAAGGCGCGGCAUCGAAGAAAAACGACGCCUUCGCGCGGCGCGCCGGCGAAUCUUCGCGCGUUCUGGACGACGAUCCGUUUGAAAGCGUUUGGGAAGAGCUCAACGAUCUCGGGUUUUCGCAAGUCUCGUAG